AUGCUUGGCACAAUGCCGCCACAUCUUUGUUAUGUUUUCUUGCAGUCGCCGCAGCCGAUAUCGCGCUUUCCAUCGCGGCUUAUGGUCCCUAUACAGCGCGCUCUUCAGCUCAAAGUGACGAAAUGGGGUGCAUUGGUCAAUUGGGCAUUUUACGGCGGUCCAGUGAGCGAAAACUUCGAUGAGGUAUCAGCCAAGGCUUUUUUCGCCAACGGAAAGAUGCUGGAUAUUUCGCGUCUGACGAUGUCAAACUUGGACAUGGUAGAGGAACAGAUGAGAGACUGUCUGUCUGGAAAUGGUGCCAGUUCAUUCGACGACGCGAUUCAUCUCUAUGUCUGCACGCACGGGGCGAGGGAUUGUCGGUGUGGGACUACAGGAAAAGACGUUGCAGAGGCUCUUCGACGAGAGAUUUCUGCCCGUUCUGAAGCUGAUCCGAAAGGACUGGCGAGUCGUUGCACGGUAGGGGAGGUCGGACACGUAGGAGGUCAUCAAUAUGCGGCCAAUCUUCUCGUCUAUCCUCACGGAGAAUGGUUGGGCUCACUGACACCAGUGCAUAUACCCACGACUGUCGACAAAAUCAUCGAACUAGCCUCCAAACCUUUCUCUAUACACAAUCCUCCACUUCUUCCUUCGAACUGGCGGGGUCGCAUGGGACUUUCUAAAGAGGCGCAA